AUGGGUGUUUGUUCGGUCAUAUGCGUGAUAUUCAUCACCAUUAUCUUCCCUCCGCUCGGCGCAUGGGCUGUAGCAGGAUGUGGAAUGGAUUUGGUCAUCAACAUAUUCCUGACGAUUCUCGGAUACUUGCCAGGCCACAUACACGCGUUUUAUCUUGAAUAUGUCUACUAUGAUAGGCGGCAACAAGCUCGCGAGGGUUAUGCUCCACCACGUCGUGCUCCCGGCAUUUACUCCGAAAAGGUGCAAACGGGUGGGCAAGCCUUUCGACAAAAUUACGGAACAAUGGCAGCAGCACCACCACCGGCACCACCGCCGCCACCGGCUGCGCAAACAGGACCAGCGCCCAUUGGUGGCCAACCGUACGAAAGCCAGGGAUAUGGGAAUCAGCCAUAUGACCAAAGUCAUGGUAACCAGGGAUAUGGUAACCAGGGAUAUGGCAAUCAAGGGUACAACCAAGGGCACGGCAACCAACAAGCAGGAUAUAUUUGA